UAGAUGACUUGAGAUGGUACAGCCAACCUACCUGACCCUCACCAACAGAGGUGCCCUACAAACAUUUUAUGAAUGAAUGAGGGUUUAUUACCUCUCUCUGGAAUUUUACAUAGGCCGGACUUUACAGAACACCAUGAUCAACCUUGGACUGCAAAAUGCCUGUGAUGAGGCCAUUUACCAGCUUGGAUUGGAUAUGGAGGAGUUAGAAGAAAUUGAAGAAGAUGCUGGGCUUGGCAAUGGUGGUCUUGGGAGGCUUGCUGCCUGCUUCUUGGACUCCAUGGCAACCCUGGGACUUGCAGCCUAUGGAUAUGGCAUCCGAUACGAAUAUGGGAUCUUUAAUCAGAAGAUCCGAGAUGGAUGGCAGAUAGAGGAGGCAGACGAUUGGCUCAGGCAUGGAAACCCCUGGGAGAAGUCCCGCCCUGAGUUCAUGCUGCCUGUGCACUUCUACGGGAAGGUAGAGCACACCGAGACGGGGACCAAGUGGAUCGACACCCAGGUGGUCCUGGCUCUGCCAUAUGACACCCCAGUGCCUGGGUAUAUGAAUAACACCGUCAACACCAUGCGCCUCUGGUCUGCUCGGGCACCAAAUGACUUUAACCUCAGAGACUUUAAUGUUGGUGACUACAUUCAGGCUGUGCUGGACCGGAACCUGGCCGAGAACAUCUCCCGGGUCCUCUAUCCCAAUGAUAACUUUUUUGAAGGGAAGGAGCUAAGAUUGAAGCAGGAGUACUUUGUGGUGGCUGCUACCUUGCAAGAUAUCAUCCGACGUUUCAAAGCCUCCAAGUUUGGCUCCACCGAGAGUGCAGGAAUUGCAUUUGAUGCCUUUCCGGAUCAGGUGGCCAUCCAGCUGAAUGACACCCACCCUGCACUUGCCAUCCCUGAGCUGAUGAGGAUUUUCGUGGAUAUUGAAAAAUUGCCCUGGUCUAAGGCAUGGGAGAUCACCCAGAAGACCUUCGCAUACACUAACCACACAGUGCUGCCAGAAGCCCUGGAGCGCUGGCCAGUGCAGCUGGUGGAGAAGUUGCUUCCUCGACAUUUGCAAAUCAUUUAUGAGAUAAAUCAGAAGCAUUUAGAUAGAAUUGCAGCUUUGUUUCCUAAAGAUGUCGACCGUCUGAGAAGAAUGUCUCUGAUAGAAGAGGAUGGAGGCAAAAGGAUCAACAUGGCCCAUCUCUGCAUUGUGGGCUCCCACACUGUGAAUGGCGUGGCUAAAAUCCACUCAGACAUCGUGAAGAAGGAAGUAUUCAAGGACUUCAGUGAGCUAGAACCAGACAAGUUUCAGAAUAAAACCAAUGGGAUCACUCCACGGCGCUGGCUCUUACUCUGCAACCCGGGGCUUGCAGAGCUGAUAGCAGAGAAAAUCGGGGAAGACUACGUGAAAGACUUGAGCCAGCUGACGAAGCUCCACGGCUUCCUGGGUGACGAUGUCUUCCUCCGGGAAAUAGCCAACGUGAAGCAGGAGAAUAAGCUGAAGUUCUCUCGGUUCCUGGAGAAGGAGUACAAAGUGAAGAUUAACCCCUCGUCCAUGUUCGACGUCCACGUGAAGAGGAUCCACGAGUACAAGCGGCAGCUCCUGAACUGCCUGCACGUGGUCACCAUGUACAACCGCAUUAAGAAAGACCCUAAGAAGUUAUUCGUGCCAAGGACAGUUAUCAUCGGUGGCAAAGCUGCCCCGGGAUAUCACAUGGCCAAAAUGAUCAUAAAGUUGAUCACCUCAGUGGCAGAUGUGGUGAACAAUGACCCCAUGGUUGGAAACAAGUUGAAAGUCAUCUUCUUGGAGAACUACAGGGUGUCUCUUGCUGAAAAAGUCAUUCCAGCCACAGAUCUGUCAGAGCAGAUCUCCACUGCAGGCACUGAAGCCUCAGGGACAGGCAACAUGAAGUUCAUGCUGAAUGGGGCCCUGACCAUCGGGACCAUGGAUGGGGCCAAUGUGGAAAUGGCAGAGGAAGCUGGGGAAGAGAACCUGUUCAUCUUUGGCAUGAGGGUCGAUGAUGUGGCUGCUUUGGACAAGAAAGGGUACAAGGCAAAAGAAUAUUACGAGGCAAUUCCUGAGCUGAAGCUGGUCAUUGAUCAGAUUGACAAUGGCUUCUUUUCUCCCAAGCAGCCUGACCUCUUCAAAGACAUCAUCAACAUGCUAUUUUAUCAUGACAGAUUUAAGGUCUUUGCAGACUACGAAGCCUAUGUCAAGUGUCAAGAAAAAGUCAGUCAGCUGUACAUGGUAAGUUGCAGAGAUUUAUAAAAGAAACAAAUUUACUAUGAUUAACUACAAUUUUUGUUUCUUUUUAUUAAAUCUAAAUAGCAGGGCCCUACUACCAAUCAAAAAAAAAAAGAAAGUGAAGCAAUUGUCCAGCUUAUUCUGAUCAAAACUUGACUUUUCCCAUGUUUGGGCAAAGGUUGGGAUUUGCCAUUUCAGUAGCAGUUAAAUGUUUAAUUCACAAGUGAAAAAUCAAGUAUUAAAUUUUGUAAUAUCCAAAUAAAAAAAUGACAAAUAGUUCAAUAUUUAUGGAGCACCCACCCUGUAGCAGGUAUAUGCUGGAAGCUAAGGAUGGAAAGCCUCAGAGAGGCACUGGGACUCCUCCCCUGCCAGGCACUGU